UCUCUCUCUCUCUCUCUCUCUCUCUCUCUUUCUCUCUCUUCUUUCUUUCUUUUCAUUUUGGCCCACUCCAUUCCUUUUUUUAAUAUUGUAUCCCACUCUUUUUCAUCACUUGCCUCUCAUUAUAGAUAAUGAUAAGAUACUUGAUAGCUUUCCUUGCCUUGUUCUCAGCUGUAUUUGCUCAGUCAACGAUAUUAAAUCAACCAACAUCAGUGAUAUCUUCUUCUUCUAUUCCUACCACAACAGCACCUCCCAAAGUAUCCACAGAUGGAUUCAAUGAUCAAGACACGAAUGUUAAGCCUGCAGAAGAAAGUUGGCUUAAGCAACAUGACCGAUAUGUCUUCAUCAUCGUCAUUGUGUUGUUCUUCUUGGCCAUUUUAAUAUGGUACGUUGUUCGAAGUAUUCGUGGUAUGCGCAAGAGAUUAGCAACAGAUAAUCAAAACCACAUGAUGAUGGUUCAAAAUGUCUCGAGUGGUGGCCAAGGUUUCUCAGAGACAAUACCUAUUGAUAACAACGGCUUCCAAAAGAUGCCUGAUUAUCCAUCACCACCACAACAACAGCAGCAAUAUACACAUCGUUAUUAAUAAAUCGUACAAGGACAAGUAAUCGCUUGUUCUUAUCAUUGUGUAAUUUAUUCAACUCUUUCUCUCCUAUUUAUUUCAUGCAGCAGCUUUAUUUGUUUACUGUCAAGGUAUCCUUUUUAUAAGAUAAAAAAAAAAACUUGAUCCUUGAAUUCAUGACGAGUCUGGAACUUGUGUGCUGUGUUAUUAAAUGACUGUUCCACAAGUUAUACAUUUAUAUUUCUG